CAGAACCGGAAAAGGAGCGGCCGAGUGACGACUUGUUUUGCUAAAGCUUAGCUUUUAGGCUAAGUUGUAUUUAGCUUGUUCAUCAAAUCUCUAAAUUACUUAAUCCAAUUUAGUUUUUCUUUCUGGUGAGAAUAAAUGUUAAUUCUAAACUCUUUGAAAUAAACAGAAGACAUGAACGGAAGUACGAAUCCACUGCUGGACAAAGAGGAGCAUCUUUUGAAGCUCGGAGAAAGCUUUGAGAAGAGGCCAAAAUCUUCCUUUCACACUAUCAGAUAUGACUUCAAACCUGCAUCUAUUGACACGAGCUGUGAGGGAGAACUACAAGUGGGGAAAGGAGACGAAGUUACAAUAACAUUACCCCACAUUCCAGGCUCUACACCUCCCAUGACAGUAUUCAAAGGGAACAAGCGGCCAUACCAGAAAGACUGUGUUCUCAUCAUUAACCAUGACACUGGAGAGUUUGUACUGGAGAAAUUAAGUAGCAGCAUCCAGGUCAAGAAAACAAGGGCAGAAGGCAGCAGUAAGAUCCAGGCCAGGAUUGAACAGCAGUCAGUCCGCUGUAGUCAGCCCAGCUCUCAGUUCAGGGCCCCUUCCAAACCUGGGGCUGCAAUCAAAACCUCUCCUUCUCCCUCAAAGGAUGACCCAUCUCCAGAACCACAGCUUGAUGACAUCAAGAGAGAGCUUCGAGCUGAAGUGGAGGUGAUUGAACAGAUGAGCAGCAGUGGGAGUAGCAGCUCUUCUGACUCAGCCAGUGCUUCAGGGAGUGGUGAUGACAGCUCCAGCAGUGAUGGCGAGCAUGAUGUUCUCCGACUGCGUACCCAGACCUCACCCAGUCGCAACCCAGUGGCCAAUGGAGGGGCUGACUGGCCACAGGGCAACAACCAACUCAUGAAUACACUCCGAAAUGAUCUUCAGCUCAGCGAGUCAGGCAGUGACAGUGAUGAUGACUGAUCUCAGUGCUGCUCAGGUUCCCUCUGUGCUGUCUCUCUUCUAUGCCUGGUUGAUUUAUUUCAUUGCUGUGAUAUCUGGCUGCAGCUGUACAUCUUGGUUUGAGUGUCAUUAUUAGUAUGUCCUUAAAUGUCCUGUAGAUUUAAGAGAGUAUUUAUAUUAGAUGUAUAUUUUGUUUUCUAAAACUAAAAAAAAAUUAUGUUAAAAAUCAGAGGUUUGUAAUAUAUAACACAUAUAUAUUUUCGCUACUUAGACCAACUAGAUUUUUCUACCCAUAUCAUCUAGUUUGAAUCAUGUAGUUUCAUCUGGUUUUAGAUUUUUCUACCUGUAACAUCUUGUUUGUGUUUUAUUAGCUUGAAUCACACACAUCCCCUUGCCAUGUUAUUUUUGAAAGGACGCAAAACAGCCUCUGUUUUCUGUUUAGCCUAUAUGAAACUGAGGUCAGUGGAGCACUGUUAAAUUGUGCCUUCCUAAUCUCAGGUUCAUUCUAUCAUUAGUUUUAAAUUGUUUCCCACUGAAUUAAUCUACUGUCGAUUGACAGCAAUUUGGUCAGUAAAACAUUUGAAAGUGUAGGUUUCUUGAAUUACUUACAAAUUGGUGUCAAAAGCUCCCUCAGGUCACCUCCCAUUAUAAGGGAGAAAUGUCCUUUUAAAUAUUUUAAAAAUCACAGGGUGCAUAAAUAUCAGCUUAUCAAGCAUUGGGGUCACUUUCAGAGGGCAGGUUUAACAGACUGAGUUUAUCCGUGACAUAUAAAUACAUUUUGAAAUGUGAAACUUGGUUUUCACUUUCAAAACAGCUGAUCAGAGUCUGUUUUAGUAGACUCAGCUGUGCUCAGCAGUAAAAAAUGUCUGUCUGCAUUUGCAGACACUAUAUGCAUUUGUCUUGAAAAACUAGUUGGAGCCAUGCAGAAUAACGAUCUUGACUUUAUUGACAAAAACUGAAAGAAACACCAGAGGCACCACAUAUAUACCAUAUAGAGACACACUAAAUCACAUACAAUAGGCAGUGUAAUGAUGAUAAUCUGUAGUUAAAAAACCAUCUCAUGAAAGUACUCUCACUUUCACACCUAUGGGUCAUCUAGAUAACCAAUUAACACGUUAAGGUGCAUGUCCCUGAAUGAUGGGAGAAAGCCGGAGUACCCAGAGAGAAUCCACAGACACAGGGAAAACAUGCAAACUUGAAUUUGAAUUAAACCAAGUGUACAGAAGAUUCACUGUACACUCAUUUGAGUGUUGGUGAACUGUCCUGACAUGCUGGCAGCUGAGUGAAUGUGCACUGUCACAUUGUUAGCUUAUUAUAAAAUGUGUGCUUACAAAAAAGAUUUUAUUCAGAUGCCAGAGUGAAUCUCAAUAUUUAAUUCUAAGAUAGUUGAAGUUUAAAUUGUGAAGGGAGAGAGUGCAGUUCACCAGUCAAUGCAGCAUCAGAACAAUAAAUGUGUCAUGUAUGUCUCUAGUUUGUGUAUGUGCUGUUGUAUUAUAUGUACAUUGUAUAAAAACUAUUUAUCCCCUUGAA